CGGGUAUUUCCGUAACUAUCCGGUCCACUUCGUUUGUAUUCUACUGUGAUCGUCAUUCUCCGCUAGGCCUCGUCUUUGUUGGUAACGGUAGGAGUUACGGAAAGAAAGAAGAGAGCGAGAGCUGUAGCGUCAGUAGCGUCAGUGAGUGAGUGAGAGUGAGAGUGAGAGAGAGAGAGAGAGAAAAGGCGCUUGAUCUCGGGAUGACGGUGCUGCAGGAACCCGUCCAGGCUGCUGUUUGGAAUGCACUUAACCACUAUGCUUACCGGGAUGCUGUGUUUCUGGCAGAAAGACUUUAUGCUGAAGUGCACUCAGAAGAAGCUCUCUUCCUAUUGGCUACUUGUUAUUACCGCUCUGGAAAAGCAUACAAAGCAUAUCGCCUUCUUAAGGGGCACAGCUGCACUACGCCACAAUGUAAAUACCUCCUUGCAAAAUGCUGCGUGGACCUAAGCAGACUUGCAGAAGGAGAACAGAUUUUAACUGGAGGAGUUCUGAAUAAACAGAAGAGCCAUGAUGAUAUUGCUACAGAGUUUGGAGACUCUGCUGGUUUUACAAUUUCUUUACUGGGGCAAAUUUACUGUAAAACAGAUAGAUUACCCAAAGGAUCUGAAUGCUACCAAAAGAGCCUGACAUUAAAUCCUUUCCUGUGGUCACCGUUUGAAUCUUUGUGUGAAAUCGGUGAAAAACCAGACCCUGAUCAAAUGUUUAAACUGACAUCUCUGCAGAAUUUCAGCAGCUGCCAGCCAAACAUCUGUCCAAUAUACACCACCACUUACUGUAUACCCCACAGACAGCUUGACACAAUCUUGAUGGAAACACCACAAGACACUUUAGAAUUAAAUAGACUUAAUCUAGAAUCUUCCAAUUCCAAGUAUUCAUCCUUAAAUACGGAUUCUUUGGUUUCCUAUAUUGACCCUUCAGUAAUUUCCCCCGACUCUGUGCCCCUUGGAACUGGAAGUACUUUACUAACCAAACAGGCACAGAACAAACCAAAAAGUGUGCGCUGUUUAUUAGGGGGACCUGCUGCUCUUAGCCCACUGACUCCAAGUUUUGGAAUCUUGCCACUAGAACCCAGCCCAGGAGAUGGGUCCUAUCUUCAAAACUUCACCAAUACGUCUUCUGUAAUGGACCCCCCCUCUUCUGGUCUCCCUCCAAAGAAGUCUGUAGCCCGAAUUAGCCAAGUUGGAACAAAAUCCGUGUUUGCACAGAGUGGCAACAGCAGAGAUGUUGCCCCAAUUCCUUUGAUGCAGACGCAGAGCACAGCCCCGCAAACAAGGGGCAGUGAAAGAUUCUCCAGCCUGGUCCGAUUCGGAUCAGCAGCUGGAGUGACUGUGAGAGAAGUAGCAGAGAGAGAAGGGGAAAAGAGAGGCUCAGCAGGGAAAAGAGAUCAGACAAACUCAAGUACAACGCCUCAAGUGCUGAGUCCAACGAUUGCUGCUCCACCAAACGUGCAGCCAAGGAGAAGUUCGCGUCUAUUUACUAGUGCCAGUUCUACUGCCAAGGAGAACAGUAAAAAGUUGAAACUGAAGUUUCCAACUAAAAUCCCUAACAGAAAAACAAAGACUAAAACUAAAGGAGGGAUAACUCAGUCUAACAUGAACGACAGUAUAGAGAUUCUUAAGCUGGAUUCUUCCAUCAUUUCUGAGGGGAAGGGUAACAUUGUCAUGCCUCAGGUGCAAGCCUUCACCAUACAGAAAGCAGCUGCAGAUGGUUUAAUGAACCUCAUGCGUGAUAUGGGGAAAGGAUAUUUAGCACUUUGUUCGUACAACUGUAAAGAAGCAAUCAGCAUUCUGAGCCAGCUGCCUUCUCAUCAUUACAACACAGGCUGGGUACUGUGUCAGAUUGGGAGAGCACACUUUGAGCUUGCAGAGUACAUGCAGGCGGAGAGGAUAUUUUCCGAAGUACGUCGCAUAGAAAGUUACCGAGUGGAAGGAAUAGAGAUUUACUCAACAACACUUUGGCACCUUCAGAAAGAUGUUGCUUUGUCAGCUCUGUCUAAAGACCUUACAGACAUGGAUAAAAACUCUCCAGAGGCCUGGUGUGUUGCUGGUAACUGUUUCAGUUUGCAGCGAGAGCAUGAUAUUGCAAUCAAGUUCUUUCAGAGGGCAAUCCAGGUGGACCCAGGCUUUGCAUACUCGUACACGCUACUUGGGCACGAGUUUGUACUCACAGAGGAACUAGAAAAGGCCUUAGCUUGUUUCAGGAAUGCCAUUCGUGUUAACUCACGGCAUUAUAAUGCAUGGUAUGGCCUGGGAAUGAUCUAUUAUAAGCAAGAAAAGUUCAAUCUGGCAGAAAUUCAUUUCAAAAAAGCGCUAGAUAUCAACCCUCAAAGUUCAGUCCUGCUAUGUCAUUUCGGAAUGGUGCAGCACGCUUUAAAGAAGUCAGAACAUGCUUUAGAAACUCUGAAUAAAGCCAUUAGUAUUGACCCUAAAAACCCGCUAUGCAAAUUCCACCGGGCCUCAAUUCUGUUUGCUAAUGAAAAGUACAAGGCGGCUUUACAAGAACUUGAAGAACUGAAACAAAUUGUCCCAAAAGAAUCACUUGUUUACUUUUUAAUAGGCAAGGUGUAUAAGAAACUGGGUCAGACACACUUGGCCCUGAUGAAUUUCUCCUGGGCCAUGGAUUUGGAUCCAAAAGGUGCAAACAAUCAAAUCAAAGAGGCCAUUGAUAAAAGAUACCUUCCUGAUGAUGAGGAACCGGUAACUCAAGAGGAUUCCUACCCAUUUGAGUCGGUUGAAGCUGAAGAGUCGCAGGAAAGCAGUAUGACCGACGCAGACGACACACAACUUCAUGCAGCGGAAAGUGAUGAGGUGUAUUAACUAACAAUGUCAAUCUGAAGUCGGCCACAUGAUUUCAGAAUUUAAAAAAAUGCUGCUGAUACAGAACCUCAUGUCCCUCCCCCCCACCUGCGCCUUUUUUAUUUAUUACCCCCCCCGGGCUUUAUUACUCAACAAGCUUGUAACACGGCCAUCCAUGUUCAUUCUGUUUUUCAACUUUGUCUCAAAACACAUUAUUAUUGAAUCACUUCAUGGUUAAACAUGAGAACUCUUGAUUGGGAGAAAAAAAGAUAUACAUAUAUACAGUGGUGUACUUUCUCUGAUACAUGGUCACCCACCGUACACCCCCCCCCCCCCACCCCUGAUCUGUUGAAAAUCAUUCAUUAAAUUUGAUGGUUUUAUUAAUGUGAUUCAAAAAUACUUAUUUGAAGUUGUAGAAUAUAUGUUGUCACCUACUAUUUCUGGAAAAGACUCUUCCGUUUCGUUUUGUUACAAGUACUUGAGUUGACCAAAAAAAAAAAAAAAAUUUAUAAUAAUUAUAUUUCAUUUAAGCUAUGGCCAUCAUUUUCCAAGACAUCAGUAAAGCUGUCUGUUCACUUUAUAAACCAAUUAUGUAAAAAUAGCAUCCCUUUUUGUAUAUGCCAAUACUCUUACAUACACACUUGUAUCCAUUUUGCCUUGCGACUUUAUAACUUAUGCUGUCCAACUCUUCAAAAUCAAGGUUAUAUAUAUUGCUUAUGCUUUUUCUGCUGGACGAGCAGAUCCUCCUUAAUUGGACAUGACUUGUGUGUCUUAAUAUAUAAUCACCACUGGUGCAUUUAAACACAAAAUCUGGUGGUACUCAAUUGGUUCAUCCACAGAAAUGACAACAUUGCCAUUUGUAGCUAUUUUUUUUUUUUAAACCACAUAUAUCAAACAUUAUGCUUCCAUAUGCACAUGCUUAUUUGUAGUGCUGGGGUUUGCCCCUCCCAUCCAUUCCGUUGCAAUACUUGGUUCCAACUAGGUCCAGUAUUUCAUUGAUCUCCAGCUGAGGGACUGGUUAGAAUGGAGGAGACAAGUUUGCCAACUGCUCAUAUAGUGCAAGACCCACAUUUGUGCAUAUGGCAGUCAGGUAUUAGCAGACAAGCCAUACCUUAGAAAUGUUAAAUAUACACGCUGCUGAUGUUGAAAGAAAGUUAUAAUUUUGCUGAGGAUUUCUUGUUGGGUAUAUUUUUGUUCUGUAUUGUAGUCUGAGAGCCGCAUUGAUAGUUAUGCUGCAAUGAAGAGGGUUUAUCUAUAUGGAUAAAUUGGUGUUACUACAUGUUUCAAAAACACUUCAUGGCCUAAUUUAUCAAAAUUGAAAUUUGGCAAAAGAAAAGGUUUUUGGAUUAGACUGUUAUAACGCAAAGCUAAGGAUUGCACUUGUAAAAAUCAUGUCGGUUAUGAAGACGGAAUUUAAGUUAUUCUGGCAGGUUAUGAAAAUGGGUGCUAUUUCUAAAAAUGAUAUAAAGGCAGCCAUAGUCUUUCUUCCUCCAUUUGCUUGUCUGCUGAUCAUUUUCCCCACACUGAAAUUGUGCUGCUGUGUUUGUUUUUUUUUUAUCCAGGUGUAAUUCUGUGUAAAUACCAGUAUUUAAAACACAUGUCCUAUUUUGAAACCAUGCAAGGCAUUGUAAGUGGCUGGAACAUGGGAAAGAUAUUCAUGUAAUGUGAGAUGGCUAACCACAUCGGUUCCUGUGUAAGGCAAAACUGUAAAUGGAUGAAAAAUGCAGUGUGAGUGUGAUAUGUACAACUUUAUUUGGAUUUUACAAGUGUAACUUGGUGUCUUUUUUUUUUUCUUAUUUUGAAAUAAUUGUACAGUCUUAGGAAAAGUCUUUCUUUUAAUAUAUAUUUGCAAUUCAUUUUAAGGAUGUGAAAAUACAGAAUAAACUACUUUGAACAAAGGC